AUCAAGCAUAUACGGCAUUCGUGAUGCGGUUCUUCCCUCGGGAAUAUACUCUUGCCGAAGAAUCGACGAUGCGAAGAUUACAAGCUUGAAUUCCUCCGCCUCUGAUUCGUUUUCUAUAAAUUUCUACUUCCAGAUCGCGAUCCUGGUGGCUUGUUUCCAUUCGUGCUUUCGUUUGGUGGAGAGCUGAGCUGGGUGCUGGUGGAGUGGAGAUCGAUGAUUAUGGAGGAGAUCAAGGAGGCUCUGGUGGGGGAGGAGGAGCUGCCUCCUCUGCUGCAGGAUUUGGAGGCCGACGCCAAGCCUCGCCGCAUUGCUCUCUUCGUCGAGCCCUCUCCGUUCAAUUAUAUCUCUGGAUAUAAGAACCGUUUUCAGAAUUUUAUCAAAAAUUUGCGUGAAAUGGGAGAUGAGGUAAUUGUUGUAACAAAUCAUCAAGGUGUGCCUCAAGAGUUUCACGGCGCAAAAAUUAUUGGUUCAAGAAGCUUUCCGUGCCCAUUGUACAACAAUGUUCCUCUUUCACUGGCACUUAGCCCGAGAAUAAUUUCAGAAGUUGCAAAGUUCAAGCCAGAUAUUAUCCAUGCAUCUUCACCAGGAAUCAUGGUAUUUGGUGCUUUGGCAAUCGCCAAGAUGCUCUGCGUCCCUAUAGUAAUGUCGUACCAUACUCAUAUUCCAAAAUACAUACCGAGGUAUACAUGGGGCUGGUUCGUAGAGCCAAUGUGGAUGGUAAUAAGGUUCCUUCAUAGAGCAGCUGAUCUUACUUUAGUACCUUCAGCUGCCAUUAGCAAAGAUCUCAUUGCUGCUAAUGUAACAGAAGGUUUGAACUUACUCGGUUUUCAAGCUUCUCAAGUUUUGUUAUCCUCCAUCACUUUGCUAUUGCUUUCUUUUCUCAUAGCUCAUAAGCUACGCCUUUGGAAUAAGGGUAUUGACUCCAAAAGCUUCCAUCCUCGUUAUCGCAGCCAUGAAAUGCGUGCAAGGCUCAGUAAUGGUGAACCAGAGAAACCAUUGUUAAUCCAUGUCGGACGCAUAGGAAAAGAAAAGAACUUGGAUUUCCUCAAAAGGGUUAUGGACAGGCUUUCAGGAGUAAGAAUUGCUAUUGUAGGAGAUGGGCCAUACAGGUCUGAAUUAGAGAAGAUGUUCGCCGGCGUGCCUGCCGUGUUCACCGGCAUGCUCCAAGGGGAGGAGCUCUCUCAGGCGUACGCCAGCGGCGAUGUGUUCGUGAUGCCGUCGGAGUCUGAGACCCUCGGCCAAGUCGUGCUGGAGGCAAUGUCCUCCGGCACGCCGGUCGUCGCGGCCCGUGCCGGGGGGAUCCCCGACAUCAUUCCGGAGGAGCAUGAAGGGAAAACGAGCUUCCUCUUCUCCCCGGGCGACGUGGACGAUUGCCUGAGCAAGGUCCAGCGACUGAUCUCCUGCGACGAGGUCAGAGAAGCCAUGGCGACGGCCGCCUGGGAAGAGAUGCAGAAGCACGAUUGGGGGGAGGCUACGCGAGUGAUUCGCAACGAGAAUUACAACGCGGCGAUCUGGUUCUGGAGGAAGAACGAGUCACACAUCAUCGGCCCAUUGCAGGCAUUUGCGAGAUGGGUCUUUGGGUCACCUCAAAACAACCACAGCUCUGGACCAUUGAAUUAUUAGGGUUUCCCCUUGAUGACGAUUGCCACUCUCGUAAAUUUCCUCAAGAUUCGUUUGUACAAAGACAGUAGACAGUGAUUGGGUUUGAUUCUUGCUCCAAGUAAUUAACGGGGAUUGCGCACGCAGGUUUAGAAA